CUCGGCACAUGCGCAUUGCUUCGUUCUGCACGCCGCUCCGUGCGCUGUUCGCAUCAACCUCACAUCGCGCCCUGCCGAGUGGAUGAGUGCAAGGUUCCACCGGUUCCUGGGAUAGAUACGUCUGCUCGUUCAUUCCCGCCUCGUUUCUUCGCGGCUUUAAUUAAUAACACAACGAUUGCGCAUUUAAAAACGUACAUAGUCAAAAAAAAUAUUAAACAAGCGAAACACACACACACACGGCGUCUAGCUUAUACACACUCACGUCUGUGCGUGUUAAUCAUAACAGCAGCAGCAGCGUGCAAAGAUAAGAGCGCUGAGGACAAGAAGGGAAUCUUCCACAUCUACCACCGCUGCAGAAAUGGAGGGGUUCCGAAUCCUCUCCAUGGUCGGUCUCUUGAUUUACGGCGCACAAGGUGCUCCUCUCUCCGUGGUCAUCUCGCCCUCGGUGGGAGAGAUCAGUGUUGCCGACUCCAAGUUUUUCAUGUGCACCGUGAGCGGUGACGUCGCGAGCAUCGCGUGGUUCGACCCGCGCGGCGUGGCCAUCGAGAGCAGCGACCGCGUGUCGGUGUCGAGGCAGGAAAACGAGGUGGCGCUCACCAUCUACCGCGUGACCGUCGACGACGCCGGUGUCUACAAGUGCGUCGCCUCCGCUACCGACGGCACCACCGGCGAGGGCACCGUGAUCGUCAGCAUCUACCAGAGGGUGACCUUCAAGGAGGCUCGCUCGCCACAGGAGUUCAAGGAGGGAGAUGACGCCAUCGUCGAGUGUCAUGUGAUCAGCUCUCCUGAGCCCGCCGUCAUGUGGAAAUUCAACGAGCGCAACGUCAUGAUGAAGAAGGACGCUCGCUUCUCGCUGCUCUCCAACAACUACCUUCAAAUCCGCGGCAUCCGCAAGAGCGACGAAGGAGUCUACCGCUGCGAGGGGCGCAUCCUGGCGCGAGGCGAGAUCGACUACCGCGAUAUCCGCGUGCUCGUCAACGUGGCCCCGACGGUGCGCGUGCGGCAGAACGCCGUGAACGCCACGGCGGACCGCGGAGAGAAUGCCCGCCUGGUGUGCACAGCCGACGGAUUCCCCGAACCCAUCAUCACCUGGACCCGCAAUGGCGAGGUGCUGGAAGUGUCUGAGAAGUACGCGCUGAGAGCCAACGGCAGCGAGCUGGUGGUGAAGAACGUGGCCAAGGGGGACGACGGAGAGUACCUGUGCAGCGCCGAGAACAAGGUCGGGGAGCAGGACGCUGAGGUGACCCUCAAGGUGUUUGUUAAACCGGAGAUCACCUACCUGGAGAACAAGACGACGUCGGAGCUGGAGGAGCAGAUUGUGCUGACAUGCGAGUCCGAGGGGGAGCCCCUGCCCACCAUCACCUGGAGGAGGGUCAGCGACCAGCACGUGUUCCGCCAGGGGCAGCAGGCAUCUUGGACUCGUCCAAUCACCAGACAGACGCUGGAAGGCCGCAUUGAGGUGCGCUCCUACGCCAAGGUGUCCUCGCUGACGCUGCGCGACGUGCAGUACACGGACGCCGGCGAGUACAUGUGCAUCGCCAACAACAACGUGGGCCAGGCGUCGGCCGCCAUGCACCUCGACGUGGCAUAUGGGCCCAAGUUCGCCGGAGAAAAGGUGACUUACCACAGCUGGCCGAACAACGCGGUGAACGUGACGUGCGAGGUGCUCGCCAACCCGAAGGCGGCCGUGAGCUGGAGUCGCGACGGGCAGCCGAUCCCCAGCGCCAACCUCACCAACGUGAUCGUGCACAGCUUCCCCGGCUUCAGCGUGCUCGAGAUUACACCAGAGUCGCAGUCUGACUUUGGAAGCUACAACUGCGUCGCCGUCAACAACAUUGCGAGCGAGUCCAAGGAGUUUGUUCUGGUGGAAGCAGCCCUGCCGUCGGCCCCACAGUCGGUGAAGGCCACGGCGGUGUACUCCACGUCAGCGGAGAUCACCCUGGAGGAGCCCGAUUACACGGGCGGUGUGCCCAUCCUGACGUACACAGUGCGCGUGCGUCCCGCCAAUGGCCUGAGCGAGUGGACCAGCUACUACUUUGGCGGCAGCGAAAACACAGUGAAGGUGACCAACCUAGAGCCAAACACCCACUACAUGGCGGAGGUGUCGGCCCGUAACGGCGUCGGGGACGGUCCGUUCACCAAGCCAACCUUGUUCUACACGGAGCCCAUCCCGUCUUCAUACCGUUUCAGAGAGCCGAGCCCGCCCAAGGUGCACGGGAGUGUCGGCUCGACCGGGAAUUCCUACGUCAUUUCCUGGGUGUCGCAGGAUGACGGAGGCUCCCCCAUCCAGCACUACCUGGUCAAACAUCGGCCGGUGGACGGCAGCGCCGAGUGGCUGGAGCAGCGGGCCCCGUCCACCAGCAAGCACGCCAUGCUGUCGUCGCUCAAGUGGAACACGGAGUACGAGGUGCACGUCAGAGCCAUCAACAAGGAGGGCGACUCCGACCCGGCAGAGCACCGGUUCACCACCCAACCCAAGCCAACAGCCAACGCAGGCGAUGACGGCGACUCGGGCAUCCUCCGGGCCGCCGGCGGGAUGGGCACGGGCGCCAUCAUCGGCAUCGUCAUUGUCAUCUUCCUCAUCUUGCUCGUGGCCAUCGAUGUCACCUGCUACUUCCUGAAGAAGUGCGGCCUCCUCAUGUGCAUCACGGUCAGCUUGUGCGGCAAGGCUGGGCCUUCCGGGAAGGGGGCAGCCGACCCGGAGCAGGGCAAGGCUUCCUACUCGAAGGAGGAAUCGAAGGAGCCCAUCGUGGAGGUGAAGACAGAGGAGGAGGCGACGGCCAACCACGAGGAUGGCGGCCCGGCGAGCGAGCCCACCGAGACCACGCCGCUGACGCAGCCCGAGCGCAACGCGGACACCGCGGUGACAGUGAUCGCAGACCCCAUCCCUUCCGGUAACGCCGGCACCGCCACCACCACCACCAACUCCGAGGCGUACGUCACCGCGGGCAGCAGCCCCGCCAGCGAGAUCGCUCCCACGGCAUCGGCCGAGAAGGUCUCCACCGCUUCCGCCGCCUCGCUGGCGAAGAUCAAAACCAACGCCCCGGCGAGCCCGACCGUCGCCGCGGCGACCGCGGCGGCCUCGUCCUCCGAACCAAAACCGGGCGACCCGUCGUCCGUCAAGACGAGCGCGGCGUCGCCCGGUGGCAAGAACGCCGCCGCCACCGCCGCCGUCACGUCUCCCGCGACGGGCGCCGCUCCGGAGCAGGAGAAGCCGAAGAGUCAUCCCCGAGCGCCGAGCUCCGGCUCUCCGGUUGUCACGGCGGCGACGCCGAGUCCAAAGUCUCGAUCGGCUCCGCGGCCGCCCGGGGCCGCUCUGGCCGGCGCGGCAAGCCCGACGGCGGCGGCGGCGGCGGUGGGGGCAGGGGGAGCGACUCCGGCGCAAGCCGCUCCGUCGUCGGAAAAGAAAGCAGACACGCCGAAGAAAGACGGCGCAGCCACGACCGCCCCUCCUGCUGCGUCCCCCGUCAUGAAUCACAGCGCUGGUGGCACCAAUGCCGUGGCCAGCCCCGCGAAGCCUCCCGUGGCCGCAGCUGCUGCUGCCGCCGGCCAAGCGCCAAAGCCGGAGAAGCCGGCAGAGGCGAACGCAGGGCCGAAAAAGGACGUCAAGGCCGAGGAGCCAUCGGGCGGAAAAUCUUCGGCGGCGGGGGCCGGAGGCGGCGGCGGCGGCGACAGGGACGGGCCGGUGGACGGACUCGGGGAACUCGACUUGGCUAGAGACGUUUUCGCGGCGCUCGCGGCAGCUGGGGAAACGAAAUCUCCGGCAAAGGAGGAGCCGUCUGAAUCCGUGACGGCGCCACCGGCACCCGAAGUAAAAGCCGACGACGUGGAGCUCAAGACGGUCCCCAACGAGGCCACCCAGCCCGUGGCCAACCAGAACGAGAGCAAGGCAUGAUGGGAUUUCCACUGCCGCCACCACUCCGUCAAACUCCUCCCGUCAUCCCGCGCCCCCCCUCCACUCCCAUCCCCGUCCACUUAGUCGCCUCGCUCCUAACCGCCCCCCCGCCCCGCCCCACCCCGAAGCAAAUUUCCUGACCCAAAACGAUUUUUGGUUAAUUUCAAAGGCGUUCUGUGUUGUGCACGCAAUUUGUGAGAUUCAUCUUCACCUAACCCACCCAACCCUUCCUUCCUUGCGCAAAAAAAAAAAUAACUCCUAGGUAUCCCAAACAUUUCCCCACAAUUCUGUACUGCAAGGAGUCCAUAGUAGCUCCAAAUUACAAAACCCAGCGGCAUGAUGGGAGCUGGCUUACUUUUAGCCUGUGGUUACGUGACAACAUGUUUUUUAAAUUUUUUUACGAUUAAAGUCGUUUUAGCAAAUUUUUUCGGGAAGUAAUUAUUUUUUUAGUAUAACACCUCAAGUUGUUAGUCAUCUCACUGUACAAAAUAAUAUUCCAAUUGCGUUUAUGAGAUAACAGCGUAAAAAAAUACCAUUUUAAUGAUAACACAUUCCAUGGUCAUUAUAAUUAUGUUUUCGUUUGCGAAAUGAUAAUUUACUUCCCAAGAUUCGUUUUGAGUGUAAUUAUUGGCAUGUUCCCGAGCUGUCAUUUUAAAACAAAAAAUACGAGCAGUGUAGCCGUAAUUUUCAUGGAAAUGUUGAUGUCUUAAACAUUCAUUCAGACUGCUUCACGUGGAGUUUCAUUUUAACAAGAUGUCAAUGCUAUUUAGUGGAUUUUACAUUUAUUUCUAACAAGAAAAUCCAAAGUAAAAAAAAAACACCCAUUUCACAUUAAAAGUUACUUAGAGAAUAGUUAGUACGGCAUACUUUUAAGACGUCAAUAUAUUCUUUUUUACAAAAACAUUCCAGUGUGAGAAUUGCUACUAUCAGUUCCAAAUUGGGCUUGUGAGUGAGAAAAACAAAGCCGUUUAUUCCGUUCUUAAUUGUUUUUAAGAGGAGGUCGCCACCCCCGUCUUCGACACAUUUUUUUAGCCAAUAGUUGCUUACAAAAAAAACUAAAACAAAAAAAUAAAUGUUAAAAAGAUUCCACUUAAAAACUGGCAUAUUUUUGAGGUUUUUGAUAAGAGCAACAGCGACGGUAGUCGCGUUUUUAAAUGUUGCAUUUGUAUUUUAUAUAUUGUUUUUUGCGUUCAUUUCCAACCCAGGCUUACAACUCGAAACAGUGCCAUCUCUCAAUGAUUGCGCGUACAUGUCUGCGUACAGAAUAUGUACUUAUAAUUAGAAACAUGCAAACACACAGACACACACACACACGUACCCUGACCUAAAAAAACGAAUACAUAAAGACAUAAAGUCACGUAUUGUGUAGCGUGUGUGCCAGCCAUUGCUUUUGUUUUGAUUCCCGGAGAGGAAAAUCGAAAAUAUUUAAGCAAGUGUUGACGUGCUUUUGUACUUAUAUUUGUACUUAUAUGUACAAAAACAUUUUCAUCAUCUUGUUAUUUUUUGUUUUUACAAUUUAUGGUAGCUUCGAAUGUUCUUCUUUCUUAAUUUUUAUUUUUUAAUACAAAAGUACUUUCUAUUUCUAAAAGGAUAAUUUCAUACUGCAUGGCCUGAAGUUUUUUUUUGUUUAGCAACGUGCGUGUACGUGCCAGGAUUUUGUAAGGUUUGCGUUAUUCAAACAAAUGUUAAUUUCACAGUGUUUUUGUCUAUAUGUAUAUUUUAAGACAUACAUACGGCGUUGCUUGAGGUCUGGUGCCUGUUUUACUUUUUAAUCCAACAUAUAUUCCAAUUAAACAAUCGGAAUGCACGUAAUGAUGCAAUAUUUAUGAGUGAUUUAUAAAAAAAUGUUCUCGUUAUGAAUCAAAACAAAAAAGCCAUCAUUAUUAGCAGAGUGCUAUCACUGCCCCAUUUUUCAGUCGUGUGGCAAUAGUGCUUGAUUAUAUAAUCCCGCUAAAUUUGUUUGGGAAGGUUUGAAAUCGGGAAAGAAAAAAUAUAAACCAAUUAUUCAAACGUCUAUCUAAAUUACAACUGAAAAUUGUAUAAAACUGCAAAUCUCCUUAGUGCAACAGACCUUAAGUAGCUUCCAUUGGCUGGGGAAAAAAACAAACGUUGUAUUAUUGUGAAAUGUGUGUGCGCGCGCGUGCUGUAUGCUUGAAAGUAUGCUGAGGUUUAGAAUGCAGGCUAGUGGUAUAGAGCCUUACCCUUGCGUAGUGUUAGCUCAUAGAUUAUUCCAGGAUCGCAAUGUCGGGUUGUUAACUUAAUAUCAAGGAUACAUACAAGACUCGUAGAAGUAAGACGCACUUCAUUGUGUCAAAAAUAAUAACAGAGUACAUUUGGAAUUCAUAGUGCAGGACUGUCACAUGUAUGUAUGUAUGUAUAUUGAACUUAUUUCGCACCGGAAGUAGCCAACCGUGAUAAUCUGAGGUGCGGGGGAAGGAUAACAAGGUAAACACAAAAAGCAGUUUUAAAGAAAUUAGUCUUCAAUCUGGAAUUAAAAGUGUAUAGCUCCAGUGGCUUCCUAAUAGCGUAAGGAAGAGCGUUCCAGACGGCCGCAGAAGUGUGUCCGAAAGCGCGCAGUGCAUUGACCGUCCUAAUUUGAUGGCUAGCUAAGAGCCGCUGCGAGGAUGACCGGAGUUUACGUGAUGGUCACAAAGGUUGGUGCUAUGUUUCACAGACAUAGUCUGCUGUAGCUUCACGGUGGGGGGAGGUGGGGGGGGGGCAGUGUUUGCUGCGUGUUAAUCCCAAUUGAGUCAUUUGCAAAAAUGUGGAUCAUAGGCGUCAUCACAAAAUGGCCUCCAAACGAUGCCACGGGAUAUUUAACGUCCACUAUUGAAUCAGAUGGCAGCAUAAUGUUACGGUUAAUAGACCUGCAGUUAUAAUCAGGGGACUGCCUUCCGAAUUUGAACCACAAACCUCUGCAACAAGCGGAAGGUAACACACUACCACUCGGCCAAGUCCACCGCGCCUUGCUGUCCCAGGAGUAUACAUUUUAUAUUGUGCCACAUUUUAUUACGUAUAUUUCUCUUAUCAAAUGCGGGUUGUAUUCCAUGACCUUAGAAUGGCCUUUGCUUGAGAUUCAGAUUCAAAUGUGGAUUGGUUUAAUGAGUGAGAAACUGCAGUACCCAUUUUAAUAUAUUCACAUAUCCAUAUGUGGCAGACCCUGGACAGUUGAAUCUGACAUGUCUAAGUGUGAAAGUGCUGGUUUAUUGUCCUCGCAACCAACCAGUGCUUAUUAAUCUAUUCCAGUAAAUGAGUAAAUCGGUGUAACUUAUUUAAACAUUUAUGUGUUAUAUAUUGCUUACCUCCCACGUGAUUAGAACCGGCUUAACAAUAUAAUUGGACUUAAUACUUAGCUAAAAGUAGAACGAAUGGCAAUUGUAAAUCUUCUUGGUUCUUUCGGUAAAGUCACGUAGAAGGGAAGUAAUAAAAUAAU